AUGGCCCUACCGAGGUUGAGGUAAACUUUCCCGUUUCACAACUUCUUUUUAAACCUUUGUUUAACUUAUUUCGUGAUUUCAAAGUUUUUUGGAGAGGGUUUAUUAUGUUUUAAAGGUUUUUUUAUCAAAUAUUUCGGUUUUUAUUUCGAUUUUUAGGCUUUUUUGAAACAUUAUUUGCUAAUUUUUAUGAUUUUUUGACUUUUUUGAAAAAAUGGCCUUUUUUGAAAUUAAUUUUGCGCAUUUUAUUGUCAUUUUUUGAGCUCAAAAUAUUUCCGGUGGCUAAAAAAUAGCCUCAAUUUUGCUUUAAUUUGAUCUUUCUAGAUUUAUGACUUUCAUUUCGCUCGAAAAAAUUUUUAAUUUCGAAAAAAAAGCCGGGAAAAGGAACGCAAUAAGCUCUCUGAUAUUUCUCAAGCCGGGGCUAAUUUCCUGCCGACGAGAGGCUAAUUUUUCUCUCUUUGAAGCUAAUUUUUCGGACAGAGCCUUUUCCCCUGCUUUUUCGCUCUAUUGGACAUUUGCUCUUUCGAACCUGGAAAAAAGGCAAAAAUCGAGUUCCCUUGAUGGGGAUUGAACCCUGGACCUUUUUACUGUUGAUUUUUUGGCUUCCAGUUGAUUUAAACAUUGGAAAAUUAUCAGGAUUUCUAAAAAUGACCUUUCCUUGAAGCCGACUUUUUUAAAAAGCCGAGGCUAUUUUUUCCAAACUUUUUCGCUCCACCGCUCAGUGUCUGUUUUUCAAAAUCCCUUACUCUACCAAAAAAAAGCCGAAAGAUGCGUUAAAUACGUUUCGGACACUACUAGACGAACUUGGAAAAAUGGCAAAAAUCGAAUUUCCUUGAUGGGAGUCGAACCCUUGACCUGUUUACUGUUGAUUUUUUGAUUUUCAAUUGAUUUUAACAUCGUAGAAAGUAUCAAAUUUUUUGAAAAUAUAUGAACAAUGCUUUUUCUUGAAGUCAGAGAGCCUAGGCCAUUUUUUCCAACCUUCUUCGCUCCACCGCACUCGAAAAAUGGCAAAAUUGAAACCCCCUGAAUGGAGGUUGAACCCUUGACCUUUUGACUGUUGAUUUUUUGGUUUCCAGUUUAUUUAAACGAUAAAAAGCCGAGGCUAUUUUUUCGAACCUUCUUCGCUCCACCGCACAGUGGCUAUUUUUCGUUUUUUAUCCAAAAUCCCUUCGCCACCAGCCAAAAAAGGCCGACAAAUACGUUAGAAUCGGCCGCAAAAAAGGCUGGGAAUUUGGAAUUUUUCGGCCAAAUGAGCCCCUCGAGAGAGCUUUUCUGGGCGCAGUCCCUCUCUAUGUGUGUGGAAAUCGAUAUGGAGAGCCUCCCAAGUUUUUUUUCUCCCUUUUUUUGUGGCCGCCACUCUUCUCCAUGCUGACGUCAUUCACUCUUUGAAAUUUCGCGUAUUUUUUUUUUCGGUCGGGGAAAAAAAAGGAGGCCUUUUUUGGGGUUAAUUAUCCCCUUUUUGGGACGAAAAAUGGUUCAAAAUUGAUUUUUUUUUUCCUAAUUCUGGAGCAUGGAAAAUCAGCAUAGGAAUUUAAUGACGUCACUUUUAAAUUUAUGUGACGUCAUAAGGAUGAGAGAGGCCUUGAGAAGAGAGUCGGACGGGAAUAAAAAUAAUUUUGAUUUUUUUUUUCGGUCAAAGAAGAUUUUUUUUCUGAAAAUGACGUCAUUUGCCUAGAUUAUGAUGAUUAUGACGUCAUAGACAGUCGAUUUUAACAGGAAUUUUUGAAAAAUCUGAAAAACUGUCUGAUCUGUCUGGACACUCAUAAUCUCUCAGCGGCUCUUUCAAGAUUGUAUCGGCGAGAGAAAAAGAGGGUGCAGACAGUCAGAGAAGUUGGGAUGAAAUUUUUGAGCAAAUCAGUCUUUAUUCUUGAGAGAUUCUGAAAAAUGACGUCAUUUUUUUUAAAAAAUCACUCAUUGUUUACCUAAUACACUCUAACUUGUCUGCGCUCUCUCAAUGUCUAAACGCUGAUUUUUGAAAAGAGGUAAUGAGGGCACAGACAGUCAGAGUAGAAGAAAAAAAAUGAAAAAAAAAAUGACGUCAUAAUAAGGCGUUUUCCGAGUUCUUGAAAUGAAAAUGACGUCAUAGUGGUCGAUAAAUGACAUUUUAAAGUACUCUAACCUGUCUGCACUCUCUUGAUCUCUCAACGGUUUUCUUAAGACCACUUGGAAAAGAAAAAGAGACCUCAGACGGUUAGAUUUGAAAGGAGCCGGAAAAAGUGACGUCAUAAGUAUAAUCCUCAUAAUGACGUCACCAAUCUACCAUUUGAAAUAAUCUAACCUGUCUGGACCCUCUUGAUCUCUCUAAGGUGCUUUCAAGUCCUUCAUGACCACUUGAGAGAGAAAAAGAGAGCGCAGACAGUCAGAUUUGAAAAAAAAGCCAGAAAAAGUGACGUCAUAAAUAGCCUUCCUCUAAAAGACGUCACAAAUUGACACUUUAGACUACUCUAGCUUGUCUGGACCCUCUUGAUCUCUCUAAGGUGCUUUCAAAAACACAUUGUAGAGAAAAAGAGAGCGCAGACAGUUAGACUACUUCAAGUGGCUGUGAACGAACUAUAUCACCAUAUUAUCGAUUUUUCCCUCAGGGUGAAUGCAAACUCGGAGGAGCGGCUGGUGCACCCGAACCAUAUGGUGUACCAGAAGAUGGAGGGACUCGUACAGCACAUGUUGGACCCCGAAAACGGGGUACCAAUUAAGACCGUCAAGAGCUUCCUGUCAAAAGUAACGUCUUUAAAGUGCGGACGUUUCAUUUAUUCGCACUUUUACAGGUUCCCAGCGUUUUCACCGGCCAGGAUCUCAUCUCCUGGAUCAUGAAGAACCUCGACAUGUCCGAUCUUUGUGAGUUUGGGAGAUGAUUGGCUUCCUGGAGCCCUCAGAAAAAUGGCAAAAAAAGUUACGCGUGGAGGGGAGUCGAACCUGUGACCUUUUGAGUAUUGAUUUGACGCUUAUUGAGAGCUUCUGAGCUCUGAAAAUCACGAAAAAAGUAUUUAGCUUUUUUAAAGUGAUUUUUUAACAUACCGGGAAAACUCUAGAGGUCACUUAAGAGGGUUCCUCAAGGACACUAAAGCGGCCACUGAAACCACCCCUGUAGACCUUAUUUUGCGUCUUAGUGGCCACUAUAGUAGUCUAGAAGUAUCACUUAGACUCCUAAAGAGGCCCCUAAAUUUUAGCCACUCGAGUGGCCACUACUUGGACUACUAGAGUGACGAAAAACCCUAAAGUGGUCACUGAAAAAUCUUGGCAUACUCAAAUAAACAUUUUCCGGUUUCGCAAAACUUUUUUGAAUUUUGGUCGUCAAUGUGAUUGUAAUAUGCGAGCGCAAGUUGAAGAGUUUAUUCGCAAAAAUGAUUUCCCGGAGAAGAUUCGAACCCCCGACCCUUUGCCCCCUGUUCAAGACUCCAACCAACUGAGCCAUCCUUGCAGCCGACGCCCUCCACCUGGCGCACCUGGUAGCCUCCCACGGCUACCUGUUCCAAAUCGACGAUCACGUGUUGACAGUGAAAAACGACGGGACUUUCUACCGGUUUCAGACCCCCUACUUUUGGCCUUCCAACUGCUGGGAGCCUGAGAACACCGAUUACGGUAGGGGAUUACUGUAGAGUCUUGUAUUUCGGUUUACUGUAGGCUGUUUCCGCAGCAGUAUCCGUUAUAAGAGGUACCAUACUGUCUUUUCAGUUUUCCUGAUAGUUGACUUGACUAAGCUACAGUAACCUUUUCUUACUGUAUCUUACUGUAGUUUUGUUUGUUUUUUUUCACUGGAGAACGUGUUCGAAACUGUAGUUUCAUUCGCGUUGCGGCUUGCGUCGCGGCUGGUGACGUCAUUAUUUUGAAUGACGUCAUCAAAAAACCCAUCAGAAACCCUUAAGAGCUCACUAGAAUCUUCCAUUUUUCUUCAUUAAAUUAAUGACGUCAUUUUUUUAAUUUUCAAAAAAUCAAAAAAUUGAAAAUAAAUGGUCCUGCAACGACUAUCUAACUUGGCCCAUGAAUAAUACGGUAUAAUCAUAUUUUAAGCUUACUGUAUUCAGCCUACAGUACCCUACCGUAUUUCAGCCGUCUACCUAUGUAAAAGAACGAUGCAAAACAAGGCGCACCUGGAGUUGGAAGACUUCGAGGCGGAGAACUUGGCAAAACUCCAAAAAAUGUUCAGCCGAAAAUGGGAGUUUGUCUUCAUGCAGGCCGAGGCACAGUACAAGUGAGACUACCGUAAUUUGCACUACUGUAACCUUGAGCUUUUGUAGAGUCGACAAGAAGCGGGAUCGGUUAGAACGGCAAAUUUUGGAUAGUCAAGAAAGAGCUUUUUGGGACGUCCAUCGGCCGGUCCCCGGCUGUGUCAAUACGACUGAGGUGAGGCCGCAUUUGGAAUGGCUCGCGAUGUUUGAUCUUUUGGGCUUUCGUUUAUGGCAGCGCGCAAGUUGCUUUUAGUCGGACGCAAAAAAUUUUUUUCCAAAAUUUCUUUUUUGAUCAUCUCCUAGAUUUUUUUAGUUCGGAGUUUUUAAAGGCGCAGGUCCUCCGAAACUGUCUGACAUCUCUGCGUCUCUUCUCUCUCGCUGGCAAGGUCAUUGAAAUGAGAAAAUAGCACGAAAAUAUGAGAGAGAGCAGAGAAGUCAGAUCGCUUCAAACUAUGGAAAAAAGUUUUGUCGCUUCUGGGUAGUCUACAAAAUUUCCUCCGAAACUGUCUGACCUCUCUGCGUCUCUUCUCUUUCUCACUGACGAGGUGAUAGAGACACUAGAGCGCAGAGAAGUCAGAUCACUUCAAAAUUCCUGUGUAGUUUUCAAACCGCGUGCCUGUGUUAAAACUUCCUCCGAAACUGUCUGACAUCUCUGCGUCUCUUCUCUCUCAGGUGAUAGAGACACUAGAGCGCAGAGAAGUCAGAUAAUAUGAACAUCAUUGAAGAAUGAUCAUUCCAGGUGGACUUCCGGAAGCUGUCAAGAUCGGGCCGGCCCAAGUACAGCAGCGGGGGCCACGCGGCCCUCAACGCCGCGGCCUCCAGCGGCUGCGGUCCAUUCUCGACGAGUGCCGCGGCCGCGGCCGCGCACGCACACGCGACGCAGCCGUCGACGUCGAACGGGUCAACGGCCGGCGGGGCGUCGCCGUCGACCGCCCCAGCCGCGUCCUCCUCGUCCGCGUCGCCCGGACAAUCCUCGCCUUUGACCUCGUGGGUUCCAGCUGCUUUAUUGACCCCAGCCUUGGUUCAGAAGUACGGGUGGAGCGUCGAGCGGGAGCGGCUCGUUCCGGAACAACUACUACGCAAGGCCGGGCCUUCGGCGGUGUACCCAAGUCCAGGACACGCUCAAACUUGAGGUUUUCAGAACGUUUUUCGAAUAGUCCAUUGAUUACCACUUCCUCGUGUUUUAAAGGCGCAUCGUCAAAAAUCGUAUGCUCCUUUAAAACUUACUAUUUUCGAACCUACUAGAUUCUCAAAGAGCAUAGUCCUUAUAUAAAAUCUCACUGACUGGUUUAAAGGCGCAUGGCCCAAGUUCUGCUAGUAUUUUUAAAGGCGCAGGGUCCGCGCCUCGAAAGUCGUAUGCUCCUUCAAACUGGUUGCCUUUCAAAAUUCUCGUAAGUCAUAGUUCAUCCAUAAAGUCCUACUGAACUAUUUAAAGGCGCAUGGCCCAAGCUUAGGUUAGUGUUUUUAAAGGCGCAUGGCUUGGUCGUCAAAAAUCGUUUUAAAGGCGCAUCGUCGAAAAUCGUAUGCUCCUUUAAAAUUUGCUCAGUAUUUUUCAAGCUUACUAGAUUCUCAAAAAUAAUACACUGCGACCCAUAAUUAUAGACCCACCCUAAUUUCUCCGAUUUUAAGAAAGAUUGAAAAACUUUGAGCCACCAAACUUUUUUUGUGAUAAACCUUGUUGAUAAGGAACAUAAUCAUAUCAUAAUUAUCAAUCACCCAGUUGAAAAGUUUUUUUCAAGAUACGAGAAAAUCUGAUUUUUUUGACCGACCCAGAAUUAUAGACCCACCCCAGAGUUUUUCCGAGUUUUUCGUUUCAGGUAACACGUUUUUUUCCUGUUUUUUUCAGUGUUAUAUAAGAGAAAAAAAGUCCUCGUGUAUCACUAUAAGCCAUAAUGCCUAAAUCUACUCAACUUGAUAAUACCGAAAAAGCGGUAAUCGAUGCUCUACUCAACAACGGCUUGUCCCAUCGGGAGAUCGCUCGUCAGACGGGUCGCUCAAGACGAACUAUUGACCGUUAUGCGAGGAAUCCGCAAGAAUACGGCACAGCAAUAGAUUCUGGACGGCACAGGCUGCUAUCGGUUCAAGCUGAACGAGACGUCUGUCGAAAAGCAUCAAACUCUACGAAGUCCGCCAACCAAAUCAGAUCCGAAUUUCCUGAAAACGUCUCGAAGAACACCAUCUUACGAACAAUUCAUCGGUCCGGUCGACUUGUGAAUACUCCAAUGAAGGCAGCACCUCGUCUACAGCAACGCCAUAAGAAUGAACGGCUCCAGUUUGCACGCUCUAACAUGGCCACGGAUUGGAAUAAGGUAUUAAUUUUUUCUAUCACCUUAUGAUUCCCAAUUUUUCUGUUCGGAUCUUCUUCAGAGACGAGAAGAAAUUCAACCUUGAUGGGCCAGAUGGGUACGCUCACUACUGGAGAGAUUUGAGGAAAGAUCCGAGUACGUCCAAGAGAAACUUCGGCGGCGGCAGCCUCAUGGUCUGGGCGGCUUUCUGCGGCAACAGGGACGGUAGCUCUUUCUUUUUAUUGGGACCAGAACGAAUUCGCAAGACUACCAGCAACUGCUUGCCCAGCAUCUCCUGCCCUAUCUCCGUCGCCGACGACGUGCUAAUAUGAUUUACCAACAAGACAAUGCAUCUGUUCACGCGAGCAACUCCACAUUGGCUUGGUUUGCGGCCAAGAACGUGGUUCUUCUGGACUGGCCCGCGUGCAGUCCUGACCUCAACCCUGUAGAGAAUUUAUGGUCAGUCCUUGUACGAAGGGUCUACGCGAAUGCCAAGCAGUAUACAACGGUCAACGAUCUGAAAAAGAGCGAUUCGUGCCGAGUGGGAUGGUUUGGACAAGUCACUGCUGCAAUCACUCGUUGGCAGCACGCCGAACAGGAUUUUUCGAAGUCGCUCAGAAACAAGGAGGCAUCACACAUUAUUAAUUAAUCUUUUUUUGUUAUACUUUGUUGACUUUGUGAAAUGAAUUUUUGUUGAUUACUUAUAGUGGGUCUAUAAUUCUGGGGCGGUCAAAAAAAUCAGAUUUUCCUCGUAUCUUGAAAAAAACUUUUUCAACUGGGUGAUUGAUAAUUAUAUUAUGAUUAUGUUCCUUAUCAACAAGGUUUAUCACAAAAAAAGUUUGGUGGCUGAAAGUUUUUCAAUCUUUCUUAAAAUCGGAGAAAUUAGGGUGGGUCUAUAAUUAUGGGUCGCAGUGUAGUUUAUUCAUAAAGUCUUUUUGAGAGUUUUAAAGGCGCAUGGUAAGCUACAAUUUUUAAAGGCGCAGGGCAUGUCCUUCAAAAUUGUAUGCUCCUUUAAAUCUUGCUCACUUUUGGGGAUUAGGUUCACGGAAAGAUCAGCGCGAGACGAGAGGGCGCAGAGAAAGCAGACGAUCUUUCAAAUUACCAAUUUCGUUUUCCAGAUAAACUUGCUGAACAACCGGUUAUCGAAAAACGUGUUGCGGACGUCGAAAGUCGUCGAAAAGUAUGCCGCCAUCUCAUUAUACCUCACCAUUGCUCAUCUUACAGCUACCUGUCGUACUAUGAGCAACGGCGGGUCUUCGACCCAUUCCUCACGCCGCCUGGCUGUGCCGCCGAUCAGUUCCAGAGUCAGCCGAAUCCUUGGAUCAACGACACCGUCGACUUCUGGCAGCACGAUAAAAUGUUCGUUUUUUAAGGGAAAGUUGAGGGAUUGACGACUGGAAUGGUGUAGGUUUUGAAAAGAGCAUGCUUCUGGGGAAAUAAUGUGAUUUUUGAUUUGGACCGCGACGCGACCGGAGCGCGCCGAAGAAAAAUAAGAUUGAUUGAAUUUCCUUUCCGAACUCCAAGCUGUAAGGUUACUUGACUAACAAUAUCUGGAAAAAAGUGAAAAUGAUGGUAAAGAAUCAUUUCUUAUGGAACCGCGACGCGACCGCAACUGUUUUGUUUGUUUAUUGCAUCUUCAAUGUAAGAGUACAUGUGCAAUCGACUUUCAUUGAUUUGACUGUGCUUUAAACGGCGGCAGGAGCUGUGGCUUAGGCAGAGAAGUUGUGAAUUUCGCUCGUAGAACAUCAGGUACAAGAGAGGUCGUAGGAAGAAAUACGGUGCCGGCUUUCCAAAGGCCGAUGGCAGAGAUUGAGCCUUCCGCAACGCCUUGUAGUAAUUUAAUAAGAAUUUAAUUUUUUGAAUUCCGACAAACCGCUGAGCCGUUAGGUCACUUAAGUAACCAUAUCUGGACAAAAGAAACAAAAUGAAUUUCAUUAAAUCUUUUUUUUAUGAAACCGCGACGCGACCGCAACGCAUUGAGUAAAAUGGGGUUAAACUUUAAACUUCUUCAUUUUUCAAGUUAUCGAGUCUCUCGACCAUCAAAAUUGGGUCGAAAAAGAAAAAUGAAGUUCUAAAAUCAAUUUUUGAUAACCGCGACGCGACCGCAACGCGUUAAGUAAAAUAUAAUUUUCUUGCAUUUCUUCCGAAUUUCCGAGCUUUUUUGUCAAGUGGUUACAAUAUUGAAUGGUACCGUAGAGAAAAAAAAAGAUGGAGUUGGAAAAUAAUUUUUUGAUAGAACCACGACGCGACCGCAACGCGUUGAAGUAAAUCUGGGUUAUUUGAUUUUUUCUCCGAAAUUCCACUUCUCAGCAUGAUAACCGCGACGCGACCGCAACGCGUUGAAGCAACAUGAGUCAGAACUAAACUUUCUAAUUUUCAAGCUUUUUUGUCAGCUGGCUAACAAUAUUGGAACCAAAGAGAAAAAAAAAAGUUUAAAAACCAUUUUUGAUGAAACCGCGACGCGACCGCAACGCAUUGAAAUUUAACAAAGUUAUUAUUCCAAUUGACAUCCAUCGAUAAUUGAUGAGCUUUUGGACCCUUGGAGUACUGAAAACGAGUCUAUAGAGAAAAUGAGAAAGAUAAAAAUGGAUUUUUCAUUGAAACCGCGACGCGACCGCAGCGCGCUACCCUCCGUUGUUUGCUUCUUGAAACUGCUGUUUUCUCUGCGUUCUCGGCGUCUCUCUCAUGUUUACAUGUUUUUUUCAUUUUUCUCUGACCUGAGGGAACAGAGACGCAGACAGGCAGAAAGUUCCAAGUCCCGGCGGAUGGGCUAUAAAAUUUUUUUGGAACAUGAUUUAAAAAUAUAAUUUUUUGUAGUGGUGUAGAAGAUGUACCGUUACAACAAGAAUUUUUCCGCAAAUAUAUUUUUUUUCAGUACGGGAGACAUUUCAACGCGCCGGUUAAAACUGUGGGAAGAGUGCUUUGAAGAGUUGCUGGCGGACCCGCUGGGCCGCGAGACGCUCCAAAAGUUCCUCGACAAGGAGUACUCCGGCGAGAAUUUACGGUUCUGGUGGGAGGUUUGUUGAGCUCAUGGCCAGAUUUCACCUAAAUUUUGGGAUUUGUAGGUACAAAAACUCCGGAAAUGCAGCAGCAGGAUGGUUCCGGUGCUGGUCACGGAGAUUUAUAACGAAUUUAUCGAUACCAACGCCGCGACCUCGCCGGUUAACGUCGAUUGCAAGGUUUCCAUCGAAAAAAAUGGAAAAAAUGAAUAGUUCAUUCACCACUCCUUUUAGACAUCUUUAAAGGCGCAGGGCCUAGUUAAAAAACCUAAUGAUCCUUUAAAUCUGAAUAACAAUCAGUUUCUUCAUGUUGUAUUUAUUCAGGCCUUCAUAGAGCCAAUAUAAUUUGCAGAAUUAGCCAAAAUAGAUAUAGUCCAUUCACCCCUCCCUUUAAAGAUCUUUAAAGGCGCAGUGCCUAGCCAAAAAAGUCGCAUGCUCCUUCAAAAUCAAAGAAGCUUCGCUUUUUCAUAGUUCGUUCAUUCAGGCCUUCCUAGAGCCAAUAAAAAGCGGGAAAAUCAACCAGAAUAGAUAUAGUUCAUUCACCACUCUCUUUAGAAAUCUUAAAGGCGCAGGGCCUCGCCGAAAAAAUACCAUGCUCCUUUAAACCUGAAUAACAAUCAGUUUUUUCAUGGAAUUCUGGUUCAGGCCUUCCCAGAUCCAACAAAAUUCGAGAAAUUAGCCAGGAUUGAAAUAGUCCAUUCAUCCCUCCCUUAAGACAUCUUUAAAGGCGCAGAGGGCCUAUAAAAGCUCCAUGCUCCUUUAAAAUCGAAGAAGCUUCGUUUUUUCACAGUUCACCCAUUCAGGCCUUCAUAGAGCCAUUAAAAUGCGGUAAAAUUAGGCAGAAUGGAUAUAGUCCAUUCACCGCCCCCUUUUGAGAUCUUUAAAGGCGCAUAGCCUAUCCGAAAAAAAAAUAAUGCUCCUUUAAACGUGAAUAACAAUCAGUUUCUUCAUGGUAUACUCGUUCAGGUCUUCAUAAAGCGAUUAAAACUCGAAAAAAAAACCCGGAUUCGAUAUAGUCCAUUCACCACUCUCUUUAGAGAUCUUUGAAGGCGCAGAGGGCCUAUAAAAGUUCCAUGCUUCUUCGAACCCGAGUAAACCUAGUUUCUUUAUAGUUUAUUCACUCAGGUCUUCCUAAAGUCAAUAGAAUUUAAGAAAAAUAUCCAGAAUUGAAAUAGUUCAUUCACCACUUACUUGAGAGGUCUUUAAAGGCGCAGAGUCUAGCCCAUAAUAUUCCCAUGCUCCUUUAAACUGAAUCGUCUGUUCUCUCUUUUCCAUCUGCAGAUUUAUUGUCUCUUUACGUUAGAUCAAAAUAUUUUCAUCCUUUCACUUGCAAAAUUUUGGUCGCACUUGGAAUGGCUUAAAGUCUCACAUAGAAGCUAGCUCAGGUGCUUUCUAAGGCCUAAAAGCGCAAGCCGUUUUGGAUCGGGCGCAUCUUAUAGUGCGUUCGCGUUGAUAUUUAAAAUUCAGCUUACCAUUUGCUUCGACGAGGAAACUUACAGUAACCCUUUUUUACCUUAAAAGUUUUCCCUUCAGGACCAAAUUAAAGUAACAUUAUCUUACUGUUGUAGGUGAUUUUCAAAAAAAAAACCUGUUUACUGAAUUCAAAAUUUCGUUAAUGAAUAAAAUAAACUUUCUAUUCAGGUCAUGGAAAUCACGGAAGAAAACCUCAAGAACCCCAACCGUUGGAGUUUCGACGAGGCGGCGGUAAGAGGCCUACCGUAAUCCUUGUUUGACUACAAUGUUUUCCCUUCAGGACCACAUCUAUUGCCUGAUGAAGAACGACAGUUAUCAGCGAUUCCUCCGAUCCGAUAUCUACAAGGAUUUGGUCGCGCAGUCCAGGAAAAAGGUACAUUUUUUUCUCCAUUCGAAUACAUGAGAAAGUGUGAGCUAACAUGAGCAACACUUUGAAGUUUUAGAGAAUUUUAGCGAGUCCGUUUAUUUUGCAUUUAGAGAAGGGCUUGAUUUAGUUUUGUAGCGGUAGUGUUCACUUAAGGGAAUUCAUGAAAAUAAUUUUGAAAACGGAAAGUAAAAAAGCGGUGUGAUUUAGAAUAGCUCCUUCUGAAAAUUUGUUGUUAUUGCUCAUCUUAGAGGCGUGUUGCUCAUAUUAGAUAGGUACUCAUCCCGGAGAAUACAGCUUCGUUUGGAGUCUAUAGUGAAUACUAGACGUUUAUUGCUCAUGUUAGCUCAUCAAAAGUUUCACAAACCGUGCUCGUGCAUGUACUGUCUUGCCGUGUGUCCACGUCUCCGUUUCGACCAAAGCCACGCCCCCUCAAUUUUUUUGUUGGCGAUUCAAUCGAUAUUUCUAUGAAGCCACGCCCCCACCAUUUUUUCUAUCUCUCGGUUGUUUGGGUUUAGAGCACGUUUACCUCACUAAUCGCACGCAAGGCGUCGCGUCGGAUCGGCGUCGGCGCGUCGUCGUCGUCGGCGUCGUCGUCGCGGAAGGCCCAGACGCCGUCGCCGUUCUCCUCCUCGUCUUGCCUGCUGCUCGCCCCGCCGCCACCGUCGUCGUCGUCGGCCGGCCCACAGUAUGUGUCUAGUCUGCUCCCUCUCCCAUCCACACACACACACACAUACACACUCCAUCACCUCUUCCUUUCAUCCUUCACACAGCUCUCACCGGAAAAAGAUCUUUUUUAAAGAGUCGGAAGUCGGUCCGAGCCCCAUAGAAAGAUUUUCAAAGGGCGUUCAAUGUCUAUAGUCCAUCCGCCGCGACUUGACACUUUUCGUAUGUCUGCGCUCUCUGUUCCCUCACCGGAGAGGUCGGAGGAACAUGAAAAUAGCACGUAAACAGGAGAGGGUCGUCGAGAGACGAGGAGAGCGCAGAGAAAAACAGUCGUUUUUUAGUGAGGCUGUCUGCCUGUCUGCGCUCUCUGUUCCCUCACCGGCGAGGUCGGAGGAACAUGAAAAUAACAGCUCAACAUGAGAGGGUCAUCGAGAGACGAGGAGGGUGCAGAGAAAAACAGCAGUUCCAAGUCGCAAAAACGAACUAUAACAGACUUUUGGACGUUCAAAGUGGUCAACUAUAACGAUAGGAAAGAGAUAGUGCCUGAUUAGUGGAGAGCGCAGACAGGCCACGCCCCUUAGCGUCUCAAGUCAGCCGGGGAAUGAGCUAUAGAACUGAGAUGAUAACUUGAACAGGACCAAAAAAUUUCAUUUUGAAGAAAGAAAAAAACGAAAAAGUACAUGAAAAUCGUUCUUUUUUUUCCGACUAUGGUCCGUUCGAAUUUUGAGGAUUUUAAUCUCUUUUUUCCAAGUUUUCUUUUCUUUUAUAGCCCAAUCUUGACACUUUUCUGCCUGUCUGCGUCUCUUUGUUCCCUCUCCGGCGAAGUGAGAAAAACACGAAAAUAGCACUGAAUAAUGAGAGGAUCGCCGAGAGCCGAGGAGGGCGCAGAGAAAUCCCUUUCAAGUCGUGAAAAACGGACUAUAGAAUAAAAUAGGAUGGAAGACAAGUUUCAGAGCCGUAGUCUGUUCAGGUUUUGAAUUUAAAGAACAAUGACGUAAUUCAAAAAAAAAAAAAUGGUGCUACAGUAUACCAUAUUUUUUGCUUUUCCAAACGUUUAUUCUUUCUAAUUUUUGACUGGUUUUACAAAAAUGAAGCUACGAAUCUCAUCUCGAUUUCAUAAAUCAUUCAAAAAAAUUCGCCGGACUUGGACCGACUUCCCAUAAAAAAACAAAAAAAUCAUGAAUGAAAUUGGGCAAAUUGCACCCUCCGCUACUUUUUUUUUUUCAUUUUUUUUUUCUUCUUUUCAGUUUUGGCCGCCUUUUUGCAUUCUCGCUGCUGAUUUUGAGGAAAGCGCUGUGCACGAAAUACAUUUUUUGAGAAAUUAGGGUUUUCCUGAAGUUUGACGUGGCUUUUUGUGAGUUGGAUUUUUUUUUUUCGAAGCGACGGAUUUUUUCAAAAUAUCCCAUCAUUGGACAAGCUCUGGAUCCAUGUCAAAUUUUAGAAAAACCACGAAAAAUGAAAAAAAAACGAGAAAAAUUAUCUGUUCUGUAUGUUCAAAGACUCUAUGUUGAGAAAUCAAUGUUAGAUGUUCCUCGAAAUCUUUGUCCAUCCGUCUAGAAAGUGCGAACACUUUUUGAAAAUGUUCAUGGUUCGUCGGGACUUGAAACGCGAUCGGCUAGGGAAAAAUGAAUAGACGAAUUUUCUCUGGCUGAUCUAUGCCAUCGCGCGCAAGUCGUUCUAGGUUGGGACGCUCUGAAAAACAGUGCGCCUGACCUGAACCGACUUGCGCGGACUUACAAAGAGCAGACUUUUCCAAGAGACGUUUCAAGUCAAGGCGAAUCAAAUAUACCACGAAUUCUGGAUUGAACUCAAGGAAGGUUAUUCUACCUUGAGUUUUCUGGAACUUGGCCAAAUUAUGUUUUUUGUACCAAUGAAGUUCCAAGCUGCAAAAUUUCCUAUUUUUUGAAAAAUAAGAGCUCGAAGUCUGAAAAUGGCUUUUUGACUGUUCUUUCUUGAAAAUUAGGCGAGUUGAGACUUCCAGGAACCUCGUCUGGUACAUCUAUCAAAUAACUGCAACUGCCGAAAAAAAGCGAUAUCGCUGACGGUAUAUCAACGAUAUCGCAAAAAUGUUGCUCUGUUCUCGCUUGGUUCUCGCAUUUUUCUGAACGUGCAUUGUUAGAAUUUUUGAAAUUUUUUUGAGUUCGCGAUUAAAGCGAGACAAGCGCGAUAUCGCGCCGUAAUUUGCGAGAUAAGUGCGAUAUCGCGCCGAAAUAUGCGAGAUAAACGCGAUAUCGCGCCGAAAUAUGCGAGAUAAACGCGAUAUCGCGCCGUAAUUUGCGAGAGAAACGCGAUGUCGCGCCGGAAUAUGCGAUAGAAACGCGAUGUCGCACCCGCACGAGAACAGAGCCAUAUUUUUGCGAGUUCGUCAAUGUACCGUCACCGAUCUCGCGCCAGUAGGAGUUUUUUGGCCAGGAAACAAAGUAAAAUGACCUUCAAACUUCUCUCGGAAGAGAAUACGAAAAAAAUUGACUCUUUAGGUGAACCAAAAAGGCCCGAAGAGUUUCCUGACGGGCAACCUGCCGUCCUUCUCGACCGCCGUCCGGACGAACCUGCACGUCGGCGGCGGCGGCGUCGCUGCCGCCGGCGGCAGUGGCAGCAGCGGAUCUUCCAGCCAGCCCGGCACCUCCUACUCUCCAACCUCCAACGCGCCUUCCUAA